AUGAUCGCGGCGCGCGGGUGCUUGAAUCGUCUUGAAUCGCGCACCGAUACUCCCUAAACGUCGACGACGACGACGGCGACGGCGACGACGACGCGACGCGACGCUCUCUCCUUCCUACAGCUGACGAAUCAAUUAGAAUUUUACCGGGCGACCUGGAACGCGCCAAAACGAACUUCUAUCUGGACUCUUUCUUCCAUUCUUGUGUCGCGCGGGAUUGAUUGGAUUCGUCUCGGGAACGCGCAGUGUUAUGGAGCUGUGCCUGUCAACCGAGUCUUUAUUCAACGUUUCAGUGAACGAAUCAGUGAUAAGGAUCCGUGAAACAUUCGAGGUUUACUUGUAAUAUUCGUCUGUGGAUGAUACUGCAUGUCAAGCUACGGAUAGUGUAUUGGCAGUGCAGUUCUAAUUGUGAUAAACUGGAUUAGAAACCUGAUUGACACUCGGAGGAUCGUUUUGGGAUUUGUGAAAGUCGAAUGAUCAUGUUUUAAACACGUAAGGCUGAUCGUGCAGUGAUUUCAUGUUAAAAAUGAUGUGUAAAUAAACUGAUGGACAUUCAAUAUUCAGACGUUCUGUUAUAUGAAGUAUCGUAGAAGUUGAACAAAAUUGAGACAAAUUCAAUUUUUUAGUACAACUUAAAAGACAAGGAUUCGUAUUAAAUAUUAUACGAAGAAUCGUGUUAAAGUGAUCUGUUCAACUCGUUAACUAUGUAACAAACUGUCAAGUGUUAAGACUCGAUAUCGCUGAUCUAUGAAAAUGCAGUCGACCUGUCAACAGCAACAGGCCCAGCCAGGUCAGAACGGAACUUCCGCCAGUAGAACUUCGUUUCUGAUCAAGGACAUCUUGAGCUGCGGCACGGACCCUCCGCUAUCUCAUCAUCAACUCCACCACCAGCACUUAACGUCCAGCCAUGGUGUGCAGCAUCAACAGUACCAACAAUUCGCCAGUCUGUUACCUGGUUACCCGUCCGCGCCGCCGACGGCAGCAUUCUUCCUGGGACCACUUUUCGGUAACACCCCGAUGGGGGUCGGAGUGGUACCAGGGGUUACUGAACUCGCGGCCUUGAAGCAUUGCCGUCGACGGAAGGCACGAACAGUGUUCAGUGAUCAACAAUUAGCGGGUUUGGAAGCGAGAUUCGAGGUGCAGAGGUACCUCAGCACGCCGGAAAGGGUCGAGCUUGCGGCGGCUCUUCACCUCUCGGAGACCCAAGUGAAAACGUGGUUUCAGAAUCGUCGAAUGAAGCACAAGAAGCAGUUAAGGAAAUUGAGCACAAGCACGGGGGGCAACAGCAGUCAGAAUUCUAGUCAACAAUGUACGGGUCAAUCCGUUUCCGUCACGUCACCGGCCGAACGACCGGUGGAUUUCUCUUUGAACGGCGGCCGAGAUUCGCGAGCGAGCAGCGGAGCACCGAUGGACUCCGACUCCGACGAGAUCGACGUCCUGGGUGACGAGACGCCGUCGCUGACGCGAACCGGCAACAUUCACGUAUCGAGACGCACCAGUUCGCCUACUAGUUUUCACCAGAUCACCCACUCGGUCAGCCUGUCUCAUCAACAGCAACAAAAUGUUCAACGUCAACAUCGCUGAAAUGCGAUGUCGCCGUUUCGUUUGUACGAGAAGCUUUCAAUUCGAUUGGGACAUCUGUGUUGCGCUCGAAUAAGGGAAAGAGAAGAGUUUGAAAGGUCAUAUGUUUGAAAAUAUUGGUGAAAGAGGAAUGAUAUCGGGAAUUUUAUUUUGUGCAAUUUUCAAGAGGGAUGUUCGACGCGAUCGCGAAGCUUUCUUUCAUUUCGUUCGCUUAUUUUCAAUUAUUCGCAGAUGUAAGAGAAAUUAAGAAACAGACUACAGAUCGUAAACUAAAAUAAUAGAAAACCAGAAUAAUAGAGAAAGCUGAAUUUGUUUUCUGCAGUGCUACCCUACUGUGUUCUAGAAAAGAAAAUGAAAUAGAAAUCCUUCCACAUUUGACUAGAGAUUGUCAAAUGAUAAUUGACGAGUGAAGGAGAUGGUGUAACUAAAGUGACAGACAUUUCCAGUGUCAAGAACCAUAUUUUUUGAAUCGUGGAACGAUGCUGCGAGCCACAGACGUGAAAUGGUGUAAAAUAAUGUUGCAGAGGACUCGACACACGGACCGAAAUGUAUAGAAAGUGUAAACGUGUGUAAAUGAUUCUUCCUAGCCGAUCUCUCGCGACACUUUUUAUAGCGAAAUGCCAUAAUAAAGCUAGUCCGUUUCGUGUCACUUUUUAUAGCGAAGUAGAAAGUUAGCUUGUGGUUCAAGUUGGGAUUAAAGUGUCAUGAUGUAGAGCGGUGUAUCACUUAUCCUUUUCCUCAUUUAAUAUCUCUCUAUUCGUACUGACGACAAAUUAAUUACAAACUUCUAUUAUAA